AUGUGCCUCCUUCAGGUCAGGCAAGUGCUUGGACUUUCAACAGAGUGGCCUCAUCAUCCUCUGUAUUUUCCUGGAAGAUUAGAGGUUCUGGAUGGAGGUGAAGAUGUGGAGCAAGUAUUGGUUGGUCUUUUAGUCUCGAUAGAUUACGCAUUGCCUCAACAUGUCUAUGCCUUUCUGCAGGUCACCAAAAAGAUUUUUGCAGAGGAAGUUAACACUGCUUUCACAGACUCCACAGAGAAAGAGCUUAAAGGUAUCAUCAAAGUCUGCGAUGAGCCUCCUGUGUCAGUUGAUUUCAGAUGCUCGGAUGUGUCGUCCCCCAUUGAUUCUACACUCACUAUGGUUAUGGGAGAUGAUAUGGUUAAGGUGAUUGUAUGGUAUGAUAAUGAAUGGGGUUAG